AUGGAUAAUGAGGAUCAGGCUAAUGAAACAUGUUCGUAUAACUACGAUAUGUGCACAGAUUCACCACCUGUAGUCCAUAAUCCUACAACAUUCCUUGAAACCUUUAUGGAAGAGACGACCAUGCUGGAAGGAUAUGUAGCAAAAGCUAGUUCGCUUGUUUAUGAUGGACACAUGUCUUAUAAUGGGAUGAGUGAGCCCUUAUUAGUAUCAGCAUCGUCUUCAGUAUUUCAAUAUACAACUAUAUCUACAGAAGAAGCUUCCCAAACAGCUUGUGCAAUUCCAGCAUCAGACUUUACCCAGGCAACUCAAUUGAAAACUACUACUGAUACUCUUACCAUUCGACAACCAGAACACCUGGAGCCUGAAAAAACUUUGGACUCGUUUGUGCAUGCUCAGGAUCUAGCAGCACCAUUAUUAGAAUCCAAACCAGUAGCAGCCGUGGUUUCAACACAUGCUGAUCCAGUAGAUUUCAUUGUAGAUAAUAGUCUUUCUUGCAAUGGAUCAGUAUUAAAAGAUAUCCCAACAAAAAACUUCCCAAAGCCUGCAGCAAAAAAGAAAAAUAUCUACAGAUCAAAGCAUAAAUAUCCCCCAAACCAGCUUGAUUCAACUCCAGAUCUGAUAAACUCUGCGACAAAUUCAUUUAAACAGUCUGGUCCAGCUUAUAAGAUAUUAACAGUCAAAAAAAGACUAGGUAGGACGACUGCUAAAAAAGGUUUAAAAGCAAUCCAGGCGACUGAUUCAAAAUUAUCCGACUCAGAAUCAAUCACUUCUGACCAAAAACAGCCAAAUAAACCAGAUUCUGCUUCUAUUGCAACAGCUACAAAAACAGUAGCGUCAAAACGGUCUCAGGGGAAACUGCUCCAGCAACCAAAAGUAUGGAUGCUGGGCGAUAUUAGCACGUGUAAGAAGCUUAAAUUUUGUGCAGAAUCUAAAUUCCGUAAUAUCAUGUCAAGUAUUUAUUCGAAAUUUACAUCACCUACUCCAUGGGUCCACGCCGUGUAUUGUAAUACCAAGGUUGUCACAACGUAUUAUCAAGAGAUUCUGGAAUAUAGUGGAUUUGAUGUAUCCGAUAAUAAUAUUGUCAAUUCCAUGGAAGAGCGUUUGGAUGAGUGGACACUAGAAGGCUUAUAUAUUCUUUCCGAUAUGUUGACAGUGAAUAUUCGAUGCAAGAAACCUAUUUUAGUUGAGCUUAUGCUUCAUAUCCUAUCUAAUCCAAUCAUAGUACAUAAUCGUGUUUUGUUAUGGGCUAUUAUGUUUCGAGUAUUACCCAAACCUGCACAGAAAGUAGUGGCCAGACCAAUUGGCAGGGAAAAGCCCAUGAUUAAACCCCGACAAAAAAAAUCAAAGCAAGGCCAUUCAAGUGACGAAGAGGAAUAUUUGCCUGAAUCAUGCAAGCAGCUGCUCAGAUUUAAAAGGAAACGCACAAAAGAACAGCUUGAUCGAAUUGACAACAUGCCAAGAUCAAAAUCAUAUAGAAAGAUUUUGGUCAAGAGUCGGCCAAUUCAGAGUCCUGAUCAGGAUAAGGCACCAGAAACUUUGGAUACAGUUAUUUUGAGCAAGGAGGAAAAUUGCAUUGUAUCUGAGCCCAUUAUGGCCGAUAAGCAAUUGGAUGAGGGAAUUGAAUGUUCUGUAUUUACCGAUAUUCAUUCUGCUGAACAGUCACAGUCGUGUCUCACUGAUCCCCAAGAGUCAGAUAGCAUGCCAGCACCUAUCAAAGUGGGUUUUGAAAAAACCACUUUUGCAACUUGA